GCAUUCAUAUCAAGGUCAAGAAUGUAAGUAACCCUGUCUUCACAACCGUCGCAUCGCUAAAUCCACGUUGCAGCCUGACGGUGAGCGAGAAUUCAAAACAGACAACGACCGUGUCCUACAAACUACGAGGUCUUUCCAACGGCAUGCGAGUCCAGAUACAGACGACAAUACUAUCAAACCAUCUCACGGAACCCAGGUUGCUUCAAAAGCUGUGGGCAAGAAGUACGGACUCGCGAAAGAGGCGACACUGGUGUCGACAAAGGUCAUGCCCAUAAGCGGAGAUUGGGAAAAUGCAAUGUGGCUGAUUUUGGAAGACAUCAAAAAGAACGACCGUGCGGCGAGGAGCGUUGUUACCACAUCCAUGGCUCUUGGUAAAGACAUGACCGCCGAGGAAGCGAAGGACAAUGAACAAACCCAGAAGCUGUACGGAAACGACCUCCGUGAACUAUCGAAUCUUGGUGUUCCAUUUGUGGCAAGUGCUGGAAACGACGCAAAGGACCCUAAGCGGAAGCUGGUGGAUCAAAUUCCUAUGUUGCUUUCAGGUGAUGAUAUUCCUCUCAUUAUUGUUGGCGCUUCGGACUACGAUGGCAAGCAAGCCGACUCCUCGCAAGCCGGUCCACUCGUCACAAUUCAUGCGCCGGGUGUUGACGUUGAGUGCCAAACGAAGGUGGAUGAAGAAAGUGCAUUUGUAAAAGGCGCUUCGAUAGCUGCACCUCAGGUUGCAGGCCUCAUAGCCACGUACUUGUCCUACGCGACUAAGCCUUCGGACGACACCAAAACUGGUGUCGAGCGCGUCAAGGCCAUCCGAGAUUAUCUUACCAGCGAGAAAUCGAGCUGGGUCCGGGAUAGGGACAAUCCCAACAGCGGUAUCCGUGUGAUUUGGAACGGGGCAGACGCGGCCGCCCACGGGGAUGAUGGUGACGACGACAGCCCGAACGACUCCGAUCCACCUCCAUCAAGCCCUGUGCCUUCGCCAACACCGUCUCGCAAGAACAAAACACUUUCUAUUAUUUUCCGAAAGUACGAGGAGCAAGUAUACCGCGAGAACUCCUGGUUGUUCUUCAAGGGCGAUUAUGGCACGUCCUCAGUGUGUCGACCUGACAUGGAAGCUACGAGAACCGUACUAGUAGGAGGCGACGGCUAUGUGGUAGACAAUCCACCCUGGCCUGGGGGUACGUACGAGAUGGACGACCUCAUCGACGGCGUUAAUUGCGACUACCUCAACGAUGGAACCACUCCUGGAUCUCUUUGGUGUCAAGAUUGGGAUGCAGAAUCCGAGGGCCCUUUGCCUAAGGACCUAGAGAUUCAGUGCAAAGAGGAGGAAGUGAGAUCGCGGAGUGGAGCUGAGGUCUGUCCGCCUGGGCCGCUCAUGUUCAUUGAACAUCAUGCUGUCGUUACGUGUGACUGGUAGCUUUCGCAUGGGACAAGGUUGAGGGAUACCAGGCAGCUUUUCAGGGUAUUUCCCUCGCUAAUCUAUAUGAUGUUUGGUUCUGGUUUGUCCUUCUCUUUAAUCGAUCGUUACGCUCGCUCGCUUUUGUUUGCGAUAUCUAUUAGCUCUAUGUUCUUCAUGAAUACAACGCGUACGUCAGAGCGUUGCUUGUAUGCCUAUAAAUCCACAAAACCGGGGCAUCUGCUUCCUACUAACAUACAACUUUGAAAUGAAAAGUAUGAAGCGGCACGAAGAAUUCUUCAUCAUGCUGUCAAUGGAACCCACUGGGCAGCUUCGGACGCGUCGUUGCUUCGUUCAGCGCGGUGUUAUGAGAAGGUGACGCGUCGGCACAGGUCUCAGAGCU